AUGGAUAAUUUUUUUAAGAAAUUGGAAGAGGAUAUCGAAGGUUUGAAGCAAAGAGUUGAAGCUCUUGAGAAGAAGGGUACCACCACUGCUCCAACUACUACAACCACAACAACUACUGCUGCUGCUACUACUUCUGCUGCUGUAAACGAAGAGGUUGAGAAGGCAAGUACAACUGCCGCCGAUACCACUGCUGCAGUUACACAGGAAGCAACUGGUAAUCCAAUUUCCAACUUUAAGAGCAAUGUUACCACCGAUGUAAAGAAAGACGUAAAUACACUCACUGACAGUGUCAAGCAGAACUUGAAUAUCGGUAAUCAAACAGCAGAGACUCAACCAGCACAGGCUCCACAAUCUUCAUUAAAGUCAGAGUUGAUUACAAUGCUCGGUGGAACUCCAAAUACUAACGCAGCUGCUCCACAACCAAAAUCAACAAAGUCAAUUGGUGCUCGUCUAGGUGGAUUCCUUAACUGA